CUGGCAAACAAUCCGACAUCGCUUCAUACAUACAAGCUGUCGCGAUGGCGUCCAACUGGUUGAUUCCGUUUCAUUCAAGUCUGCGGCACGAAAACAACAAGACGUCAAGUUCCUGAGCUUGCAUCUCAGGUUUUCCACACACAUAAAAAAUUUCAGGACGAUGGCCCGAAUAACGAUAUUAGCCUUGCUGUUGGUUGCAUUCGUCACCCUCGUGGCAAGCUCACCGCCAACAUUCUGCAAAUGCACAUGCUUCAAGAAUAGCACCAUCAUCCCUCUGGGUACAGGCCACGCGCCAGCAAACCCGCCGCCGGCGCCCCAGCCGACGGCUACCACGACCGCCACGGCCACCGCGCCCACCGACAGCCCCGACGGCCAAAAGAAGCCAGCGGUGCUCCUGCCGCGCGCCGCCUCGUCCUCGUGCACCCAGUGCAACCGCGCCUUUUGCCUGCAGUACAACCUGCCCAUCUGCAAAGGGGCCACGGAGAAGGAUGUGGUGACGCAGUGCUUCGCCCGCGACUCGCGCAAGGACCAGCUCAUCGUCUGGGCCUUCAUCCUCGGCACAGGCGGCCUGCUGGGCUGGGCUGGCCUGAAGCGCGCCCUCGAGCAUCAGCAGCAGAGGCGUGAGGCUGCUGGGGGGAUGGGCGCCGGGGUGCCAGUUGGCAGCGUCGGCAGGUCCGGAGGCAUGGGGGCGUCGAGGAGGGGUGGAGGUGGUGCGGGUGGAGGGCAGGGGGAUAGGGGAGAUUACGUCUACGUUGAUGGUGAUACAGACCAAGGCGAGGGGAUGAGCUCGGGGAUCAGGGCGGCAGGGCGAUGAUGAAGGGAGUUUGUGAUUAUUUUUAAUGGCUGGGACUUCUUCCAUGCUCCCACCUUGACUGAGCGUUGGUAAAUCGUAUACUGAAUGAUAUUGUUUCGUUGCUCAGUAUAUUAACGUGAUGGCAAUCCUCCCUGGUAUGCCUUCAGCUCAGCUUGUACCGGUAUGGCGAUCGUUCAUGGGAUAAAUCGAUAGAACGUCGACAGGCAACCAUGGGAUUUUUGGCACUGUGGUCUGUUGCUUUUUCACUGGCGUUAAUAUGCUUGUCACUACCUAACUGUCUGUACGAUGGCUUACGAUAAGAAACUCCCGGAUAAGCAGGGUGAAGAUGCAAAACAUGAAACAUGUGGC